AUGACUUUUUUAAUACAAAAAAUUCUCAACUUCUCAAUAGCUAUUACUAACACUGGCUAUGUAACCAGUAAUUGUGACCAGUACUCGGGUUCGUGGUCCGAACGGAACGAACGUCCAAACAAUGCACACGAAGACCUUGGCAUGCCUAUACAUUCGAUGUUCUACAAUGACAUAAGCAUCGGUAGUGACGAUGACAUCGAUGAAGACUUUGUCGGGAUCUUGGAAAGGCUUGGGAACAAAACCUUCUCCGAAGACUCGGAAGACGAGCCAAUCAACGAAUUAAUGAACAAUAGAGGAAUGGCAGGUUUCAGUUACGAUACUCACGAAGAUGAUUCUCCUGAAGAUGACUUUCUAUUAUGUUGUGGACUAUUUUAUGUUACGACAGCGGCUAAAUUCUUCUCAUGCUACUUUUUUGUUGUUUGCUUGUUAAUAUCCGGACUCAAUUUUAUGGCUUUUGGGUUCGAUCAAACGUGUUUCUCAAUCUUUUGCGUACUUUUCACGAUCUACUCGUUAGCAACAGUUUACGGUGUUUUCCUGGAGAAGAAGAUGUUCCUGCUACCUUUCAUAUUUAUCCAGGGUUUGGUGGCCGCCGUUGUUUUUGUAUGCGCUGGAACGUUGUCGUUCCUCGGUAUAGCAACGAAUGCUAUUCAACAACAUCAUACCAAUUCACAUCCUUUAAGAGAUCUUUACUAUCAAUAUCAUUUGGAUCCGGACGAUGAAAUAACACAAACAAUUGCUGCAUGGUCAAUCCUAGUUAUAUUGUUGGCAAUACUCGGAAUGUCCGUAUUUUCCUGGUGGGUCAUCUACAACACAUAUAGGAUUUAUGCAUCACGAGAUCGAACAAAACGUGCUGGGUACUGUCAAGGUCUUCCAACCACCGAACGUCUCUAA